GGAUGUUUAUCGGGGUGUGUCGUGCACAGUUUUUUGACAUUUUGGCCGGUUGUCGGAGCGCGUGUGUUCCGCACUGACCCGGAGCAGGACGCGUUCUCGGUGCAGCUCGUUCGCUGUCGCGGACCUGUUUCCCAGCUGCGAACUGGCAGCAGCUAGCUGGCUAACUGCUAGCUGGCUAAUCUCCACUAGCAGCAGCAGCAGCAAGUGAUUUCCUCCAUCAGUCACGCUGGCAGUUUUCAUCUCCUUACGCCGGUAGUCCUGAGAUCCGAUGUUGUCACGGGAAGAACCAGACCAACUGAGACAAGUCACUCCGUGAAUGAGUGGUGCGUAAGACCGGAACGAAAGAGACGCCAAGAGGAGGGACCCGUAUUCUGGACCGUUCUCGUGUAACAGAUUGCUGCAGAACUCGGGCGGUCAUACUGUUGCCAUGUCGACCUCAUCGCUACGGCGACAAGUAAAGAACAUCGUCCACAACUAUUCAGAGGCUGAAAUCAAGGUUAGAGAGGCGACGUCCAAUGACCCAUGGGGCCCCAGCAGCUCUUUGAUGUCAGAGAUUGCUGAUCUGACGUACAAUGUUGUGGCCUUCUCUGAAAUCAUGAGCAUGGUGUGGAAGCGCCUCAAUGACCACGGAAAGAACUGGAGACACGUGUACAAGGCUAUGACUCUUAUGGAGUACCUGAUCAAGACGGGUUCAGAACGUGUUGCCCAACAGUGCAGAGAGAACAUAUACGCAGUCCAGACCCUCAAGGACUUCCAGUUCAUAGACAGAGACGGCAAAGACCAGGGGGUUAAUGUGCGAGAGAAAGCCAAACAGCUGGUGACACUUUUGAAAGACGAGGAGCGACUAAGAGAGGAGAGGAUCCACGCCCUCAAAACCAAAGAGAAGAUGGCACAGACCUCCAGUGCCUCCUCAGCUCCCUCAGCACCUAGUCUGGGGGGCAGUUUGUCAGUGGGAUCCCACUCUGGAGGGGCAGAUCCUGAGCAGGCGUGGCCACAGAGCACCGGAGAGGAAGACCUGCAGCUCCAGCUGGCUUUGGCGAUGAGUAAAGAAGAGGCGGAGCAGGUGAGUCCGAGCAGCCUAUUGGAGCCUAACACGGACCAUCUGGAGGACACAGAGCUGCGCUAUGCACUCACACUCAGCAAAGAGAUUCAGCAAAAGGAGGAGCGACUGCGCCGAGGUGAUGACCUGAGGCUGCAGAUGGCCCUCGAAGAGAGCAGGAGGCAGAAAGGGCAGCCAGAGGAGGGUGCUCUGAUGGAGCUGAGUGCCGUGGACCCCUGGGGGGCCGCUGGUGGUGCUGCUGCUGCUGCUGUCGCCCCUGUCGGCUCUGCAGGCCCCUCGCCUCCACACGCAGUUCCUGCGCUUGCUGUCUCAGGCGCGUGGGGUCCAGCACCCGCAGAUCCAUGGGGAGUAGCGUCACCCACAUCUCCUACAAGUUCUGACCCAUGGGGUGAGGGACCCCCACCAUCCAUAGCCCCUCCUACAGACCCCUGGGGAGAGACAUCCAACAGAGUUAACCACGUGGACCCCUGGGGCAGCUCAGCUGUGACCCCCCCAAGUGCCGACCCCUGGGGCCCCCCUGUGCCUCCCAGCACUUCCUCCUCAGGGGGGCCAGUAGACCCCUGGGCAAGCGACGGGCCUCUCCCUGUCUCUGACCUUGUCAACUCCGACAUCUGGAGUGGCAACGCCAAACAAACUAAUGGCACAGGAGACCCAGAGCGACGAGGCUCCUAUGCAACAGGCUGCAACAGCACAGGUUCACCGGUGCCCUUCGACCUGUCCUCUCUCGGUUCAUCCCUUCCUGUUCGUAAAACGCCAGAGUCCUUCCUCGGCCCCAAUGCAUCGCUGGUGGAUCUCGAUUCUCUGCUGUCAUCUAAACCCAGACCCAAACAGCCGCCACCUCCCUCUAUCUCUUCCUCAUCAGCGCACAAUCCUUUCCUCCAGAACAUAGGCUCAUCUCCUGCUCCUGGCAUGGCCGUAACUCCAGGCAGCACCAUCUCCAGUCGGGGGGUCUCUCCAAUACCUGCCUGCUCCAAUCCGUUUGGCGUGGCCCCGCCCAUGACCUCCAUCUCACCUCAGCCCUCAUCACUUGGCCUGAGUGGCCUCCGCAGCAGUCCUGUGCCUCCCAACCCCAUGCUGGGCAUGGUGCAACCCGGAAUGGGCAUGGGGCCAAUGAAUAUGGGAAUGGGGGCUCCAGGAAUGGGCCUGGGCAUGAUGCAGGCCAGUCCCAUGGGCAUGCCCUACAGCGGUCUCUCCCCUAUGGGCCACCCUGGCUCAGGUCUGUUUGGGCCCGGAGCUGCAGGACCUCCUCAGCUGAUUUUGGGUGGGCCCACUGGAACGAGCGGGUUGAUGGGGGCAGGAGGAUCAGUGGGAGGUGGAGGAACGACGGGAGCCAGCACCAACCCUUUUCUUCUUUGAGGAAGUGUCACCACUCAUUCGCUCACCUGUUUCAACCUCCUCUGUCGUAUCUGCUGCCCCCAUCAUUCAUCCCCCUUCAACACAAUUUGUGUCCAAACAGAAAAAAAUGUCUACAUCUCUAUAUUUCAAGAAAAGAAAGAAAAAAAAAAGAAAAAAAUCAAAUUUCAAGUUUCUUUUCCUUCAAAAGCAUUAUUUCAUUUCAGCAUAAUUUUCCACAUUUAGUUAUUCUCAUUUCAUUUUUGGGGUUAUUUUGGGGCGGGAAAGAGAGAUAUAUUUAUUUUUGUUUUAAUCCUUUUCUGUUCCGUAUCGUUCUUCAUGUUGUGUUUAAUUCUGUUUUCGGUCCUGUCUAAGAUGAAGGUAAGUCUGUGAGAGCCCGAGGCUUUUUCAGUAGUGUCACUCUUUUCUAAUAUCACUGCACUGAGAAAGAGACACUGGGAGAGGGGACAUAGCCACUAACAAACUGAACAGAGAAACUCUUGUACCGGCCUCUUCCUCUUUUCUCCCUCUACAAUGAGAAACAAACACUGAAUCACUGAGGUGGAGCGAGUGCAUGAGGGAUGAUUUUUAAUGAGCCCUAGACUGAGAUACGGACUGAAAAUACUGCAUUAACGUUUCAGGCACAAUGUGGUCAAAUAUUUUCAACUAGUUCACUUUUAAUUUAAUGUAAUAUGUAUUUUAUUUUUUUCCAAUUUUGGGAACAAAUAAACAAGGAAAAUCAAACACGAUGCCAUUUAAAUCAAAUGCUUAUUUUCUUUUUUUCUUGCUGAUUAUUGUUGAAAACUAAAGAGAGCUCUGACGUCUGUGAUCUGAUGAGAAAAAUGUGUUGAAUGUGUGUGUGUGUGUGUGGCAAGAUGAAGGCUCACGUGUGUGUGCGAGUGUGCAAUAGUGCAGAUGCCUGCUUCUGUGUAUAUGUAUCAAUAUCUGUCUAUUUUUUCUGUCUGAUCUUAUUUCAGUGACUCAGAAAAAAUGAAAUUCACAUGUUUUAUUUUUAAAAAUUGUCACUUGUAUUAAUACUAUAUAAUGUUGGGAUUUCAAAUGAGGUGUUAUAAGGGUCAAAUAUUUCUCUGCCAACACAAUUAUUUUCCUCUGUUAAUCAAAAACAUUUGGAUUAUUAUUAUUUUUCUCCCAAUCACAUUUCAAAUGGGAUCCCUGGUGCUCAGGUGUCCGAUCACUGCGGCCCUCGUUUCAUCCCUCGUUCCUUGGGGGGGGAGGGAGAGCUACUGAUGCUUCUCAAGAAAAAAGAAAAUGACAAUUUCAAUGAAAAGAAGAAACGGGGACUUGACGACAUGCUCCAUGCUGUUAUUUUAAUUUAGUUAGAUGCAUUUAUUGUUAUUUUAUAUCAACAAGAAAAUAUCUUUUAUCGGGUAAGGUUGAAUUUUGUGUGGUGUUGACUGUGAACAUUCACAUUUGAAAAGUAAAUGGAAAAAAGAAAUUUAUGAAAUAAAAUAAAAACACAGGACAUUU